CCACCAGGAACAUGGAUAAAGGCUGAGGAGCCUCGACUGGUGCUGUGAGCAGGCUGGGGCGACGUGGGGCGGUCCAUGGGACGGCUGUGCUGCUGCCAACACAGCACUCCUCACCCAGGGAUCACCCAUGUCACGGGAAGCCUCUGAUGGAAGAGGCUUGGAUCAACCGCUACCGCAAGCAGCUGGUGAGGUCCAUCUCACCGCAGUUCCUGGAGGAGAUCAUCUGCUACCUGCGGAGGCUGGACCUCCUCACGGCGGAGGAGGCUGGCCGGGCGCAGGAGGCGAGCUCCCUGCCCGAGAAGGUGAGGGCGGUGGUGGAUGUCCUGGCUGGCAAGGGCAGCUACGCCUCCCAGUCCCUGCAGACCUUCAUCGAGACCACCAAUUCCCAGCUCUACCUUCACAUCACUGUCUAUGAACCCAUGGUGCAGAAGCACCUGGAGAGCCUCCAAAGCUACUAUGGGAAUGGCUUGGAGACGGGUCCCCUCCAGCGACUCACGAACCUGCUGCUGGUGGAAGGCUUGACUGAUAUCCAGCAGAAGGAGCAUGACAUCCUGCAGAUUGAAGCCACCAAAGGCUUACGAAAUGUAUCCAAGAGCAUCCCUCUGGAGAAGCUCUUCCUGCCUCUCUCCAAGGUCAGCAUCCCACCUCGGAUCUCUGUCACCAUCGGAGUGGCUGGGAUUGGCAAAAGCACACUGGUGAAGCUGUUUGUCUACACCUGGGCAAAGGGGGAGAUCAACAGGGACAUCAUCUUUGUGCUGCCCCUCACCUUCCGCGAGCUCAACACCUACGAGAAGCUCUCUGCUGAGAGGCUCAUCUGCUCGGCAUUCCCUCACAUCACUGAGCCAAACUGCAUCUCAGCAGGAGCCGCCAGGACCCUGCUGAUCCUCGAUGGCUUGGAUGAGUUCAAGACUCCUUUGGAUUUUUCCAACACGGUAGUAUGCACCGAUCCCAAAAAGGAGAUCCAAGUGGACAACCUGAUCACCAACAUCAUACGUGGCAACCUGCUGCAGGAGGCUUCUGUCUGGGUCACGUCGCGGCCAACAGCAGCCAGCCAAAUCCCUGGUGGGCUUGUUGACCGGAUGACGGAAAUACGAGGUUUUGGAGCUGCAGAGAUGAAGGACUUCUUGGACCAGAUGUUCCUUGACAACAGAGACCUAUCUGGCCAAGUCCUGCAUCACAUCAGGGCUAACAGGCCGUUACACGUCAUGUGCACCAUUCCUGGCUUUUGCUGGAUUUCUGGCUCCUCAAUCGGUUAUUGCCUAAAAAAUAGCACUGAUCAAUUCCAAGAAACAACUGUUGUCCCCAAGACCCUAUCAGAAAUCUACUCCUAUUAUUUUAAAAUGGCUCUGAGCAGUGACUGGCCGGAAAAGCCAAAAGAAACACUCAGGAUUGAGCAGGCUAUGAACAACAGCAAGAAGAUGGUGGGCAGCCUGGGCAGACUGGCGUUCUAUGGGCUGCUCAAAAAGAAAUAUGUGUUUUAUGAGCAGGACAUGAAGGCAUACGGCAUUGACCUUUCCUUGCUGCAGAGCAGCUUGUGCAGUCGCCUCCUACUCAAAGAAGAGAUGCAGUCCUUCACAGCCUACUACUUCUCCCACUUAACCAUACAGGAGUUUCUAGCGGCUAUUUAUUAUUACACGGCUGCAAAGCGGGCAAUAUUCGACCUCUUCACGGAGAGCGGGAUGUCCUGGCCCAAGUUGGGUUUCCUCAACCACUUCAAGAGUGCUGUUCAGAGGUCGCUGCAGGCAGAGGACAGGCAUCUGGACAUCUUUGUGCGUUUUCUGUCUGGGCUCCUCUCCCCUCAGGUGAACAAGCUGCUCUCUGGGUGGCUGCUGAUGAAGGACGAGCACAACAGCUUCAGGAGCCAGGCAAUCAACUUCCUCCAGGGCUGCCUGAACACCGACUACGUCAUCUCCUCGCGGACGGUGAACACCAUGCACUGCCUGUAUGAAAUUCAGCACACGGAGAUUGCUAAGACUGUGGAAGAAGCAAUGAAGAACGAGAGCUUGGCCGGGAUGCUCACCCCUGUGAACUGCUCUGCCCUGGCUUAUCUCCUGCAGGUCUCUGACGUCUGUGUGGAGGAGACGAACCUCUCCAACUGCCUCACCUACAACAUCUGUAAGAGCCUGCUCUCCCAGCUCCUCUUCUGCCACAACCUCAGGCUGGACAAUAAUCAGUUUAAGGACAACGUGAUGGAGCUGCUGGGCAGUGUGCUGAGUGUGAAGGACUGCCAGAUCCAGAAGCUCAGCUUGGCAGAAAAUCAGAUCAGCAAUAAGGGAACCAAAGCGCUGGCCAGGUCGCUGAUGGUGAACAGGAGCCUGACGGUGCUGGACCUGCGAAGCAACUCCGUUGGCCCCACUGGAGCAAAAGCACUGGCUGAUGCGCUGAAAAAAAAUCAAGUCCUGCUCUCCCUGAACCUGCAGCACAACACCAUCAAGGAGGAUGGUGCCACUUUCCUGGCCGAGGCUCUGUUGACCAACCACAGGCUGACAACCCUGCACCUGCAGAAAAAUGCCAUCGGAGCCCGCGGUGCCAGGAAAAUAGCGGAGGCGCUGAAGCAGAACUGCAGCCUGAAGGAGCUGACACUCUCCAGCAACUCAGUAGGAGACAACGGCUCGGUUGCCUUGGCCGAAGCUCUGAAGGUGAACCACAGUCUGCAAAGCCUCGAUCUCCAGAGCAACUCCAUCAGCAGUGCUGGGGUCACCGCGCUGACAGCAGCUCUCUCCUCCAACAAGGGACUCAUCAACCUCAACCUGCGGGAGAACUCCAUCAGCAAGGAGGGGGGCCCAGCCAUCGCCCGUGCCCUGCGGACUAACAGCACCCUCAGGAAGCUGGACUUAGCGGCGAACCUGCUGUAUGAUGAAGGUGGCAAGGCCAUCGCUUUAGCGAUGAAAGAGAACCGGGCGCUUACGUCCCUCCACUUGCAGUGGAACUUCAUCCAGGCAAAAGCUGCCACGGCCCUGGCACAAGCACUACAGUUCAACAGCAGCCUGGCCAGCCUCGACUUGCAGGAGAAUGCCAUCGGAGACGAGGGAAUGGUCGCCCUCUCCGCCGCGCUGAAGGUCAACACAACACUGGCAGAUCUUCACCUGCAAGUGGCUUCAGUUGGCGUGGCUGGUGCCCAAGCCCUGGCAGAAGCCUUGAUGGUCAACAAGAGCCUGCAGAUCCUAGACUUGCGGGGAAACUCCAUCGGUGUGGCAGGGGCCAAGGCGAUGGCCAAUGCGCUGAAGGUGAACCGCAGCCUCCGCCGGCUCAACCUGCAGGAAAACUCCCUGGGCAUGGACGGAGCCAUCUGCAUCGCCACCGCUCUGAAGGGCAACCACGGCCUCACCUACGUGAACCUGCAGGGGAACCGCAUCGGCCAGUCGGGAGCCAAGAUGAUCUCUGACGCUAUCCGGACAAACUCACCCGACUGUGUCGUGGACGUGUGAGGGUGCCUGGCCGCAGCGAGGAGGUGGCCCGGUGGGUCCCUUUGGCCGGCAUGCCUCCACAGGGAGCUGCUUGGCCCUCUGCCUGCCCGUCUUAGGGAGGAGAGCUCCUGAGCUCCCUGGCACAGCCCAGGAGGACCUAGAGCCUCCAGAUCAGCAGUGCAGGAGGAUCAAGACUUGCUAGUGUUGAAAGCUGAGGGAUGUAUGCCCAUAUCCCUGUUCAUCCAGGCCCUGGGGGAGCUUCAAGGAAUGGGUGAAAUGCAAAAAGGAGAGAGGAGGGGGAAGAUUCCCACAUGCCAGCCCCUCUCAUUUUCGUGACUUACCUGCCACCACUGGCGGCAGCGACCCCUCCUGUGAUCUCCGUAGGGUUACAGCGCUGUGCUCAGACCCUGCCCCAGACUGGGCGCAUCCUGACCGCCCCGGAGCUCUGCUCUUGUCCUAGCCUGAGUCGCUGGGGGCAAACAUUGCAGGACCCCAGCGGGGGCUCCAGGGCUCUGCUCCCAGCGCCAGCUCUUCUCUCUCUACUUCUGGCAAGGAUCCCAGGGUGAAACACGGGCAGGAUUCACAGCAGCCCCUUCUCACCUAGCAAAAUACAGCCCAGUCCUGCAGGCUCCCCUUGAAAUCCCAGACAGAAACGAGAGGUUUGCCGUUUCCUUGCUCAGAUGGGAGCAGUGCUUUGGACCUCGGCACUUCAGAGCAGGGUCCUAGGCAGUGAGUGCAACCUGUGCUGUUUGCCAUGCCCUUCAUAACAGGUUGGUGCUGGCCAAGCAUGCCUGAAGUGUUUGGUAGUGCUGUUCUCUAUCAGAGACAGGCAUCCCAAGACAUGGGAGUGGAACCAUCUAGAAAGACUUUGGGAAAUAAAGAGCCCUGACGAUAAUGGGAGGAGGAGCGGGAGGGUGAAUGUAAGAGGAACAGCACUGCACAAGGAUGGGCCGUCUCCAGCACACAUGUCUUGGUGAUACAGUGGGACUGCCUUAUCACAAAGUUCUGCCUCUCGAGUUCAGGCUGGACUUUUUGGGUCUCCUGCUGUUGUCAUUGGUGACAAGUUGUGUGACCUUUGGAUGCAUCUUCCCGACAUCCCAGCUGCAGGCAGAGUCCAUCCCUAGCAGUCACCUUUUGGGCAGGUGGCUGCUGAAAGCAGAGGUGCCAGGUAAUGCCUUCAUGUUCGUGGCAGAGACCCAGUGACUCUCCAAAAGGUGCCAGGUUUGCAGGUGGACCAGUAGCCAAACUAUGCAACCCCACCAGAGCCCCCUCCAGCCACUGCCCCCUCUCCCCACUCCAUCCCAGCCGGAGCCCACACCGAGACACACUGCUGCUGCACUCAGGGCAGUAAGCAACUGCUCCAGGGACCUUGGUGGGCUGAUCCUGGACAAACGCCGGG